AAAAUUGUCCAACUUGGGGAGGCGUGACUGCAGCCCACAGUGUAAAUGUUCUCUGUGAGUCUUGGCUGGUGGGUUCUAUUGGUGUUGGGCCAACUGAAUAUUUAGAUUUGCCCUCAAGAUUUUGAUUCUCACAUUCUGUGCAGAGUUUAGGCUUCUAGGGUUUAAGUCCUGAAUCACCAAAAAAAUAUUCAAAACGGAGAAAGCUCGCCAACUGUUACCUUUAAACCCUAUAAUCCUUCCCAGAAAAUGGAACUGCAAUCAGUUUGUCGUGGGUUUGCUGCUCCAAAACUCAGAUUUCCAGCUUAUCGUCUAUUGUAUCAGCAAAUUGUUCCUUCAAGGCUUGGAAGUGCCUCAAAAUCAUUUCUGAUUCCGGGUUUGGAUAAUGUAUUUAAAGGGUUUCCGUCAUCAUGCUUGAACAGAGGAGUUAUUGUACGUGCUUCUAGUUCCAAUUCUAGUGGAAACACAAAUUUGAAGCUUUUGGGUCGAGAUGAUGCUGCUGUACCUGCUGAUAGGUUUCAUGGUUCGGAACCAUUUAGAGGGAAAUCAGGUUCUGCUUCCUUUUAUGGGUUGACUCACCAAUCGGUGGAAGAAGGAAAAUUGGUAUCAACUCCUUUUGCUGAAGACAAAGGAUCGCUUCUUUGGGUUUUGGGGCCGGUCGCAUUGAUAUCAUCACUGAUUGUUCCCCAGUUCUUCGUUGCAAAUGCAAUUGAGGCUUUCAUCAGGGAUGAGGUUCUUGUAGAAAUUGUGGGAUCAAUUUCUUUUGAAGCGAUGUUUUAUGUUGGUCUUGCAAUAUUCCUGCUUGUAACUGAUCGAGUUCAGAGGCCAUAUCUGCAAUUUAGCCCAAAGAGGUGGGGUCUCAUUACAGGCCUUAAAGGAUACUUGACAUCAGCCUUCUUUGCUAUGGGCUUUAAGGUCAUCUUCCCUCUGUUGGUUGCGUAUGUAACUUGGCCAGUGCUUGGCCUACCUGCCUUGGUUUCUGUUUUUCCGUUCUUAGUUGGCUGCAUUGCUCAACGUGGUUUUGAGAUUCGUCUGGACCAGCGGAGAUCAUCUUGCUGGCCUUUAGUUCCUAUUAUAUUUGAGGUUUAUAGAAUAUAUCAAUUAACCAAAGCUGCUCAUUUUAUCGAGAAAUUAAUGUUGUCCAUGAGGGGGCUUCCUGAGUCUGCAGAGUUGUUGGAAAGAAACAACGCCUUAAUUGUUAUGAUAGUAACCUUCCAAGUUCUCGGUGUGGUUUGCCUCUGGUCAUUGUUAACCUUUUUCACAAGGCUCUUUCCUUCUAGACCUGUAGCAGAGAACUAUUGAUGUUUGCAAUGGCUAUUGUAUAUUCUGUUCCUAUAGGUUUCGUACUCAUUUAAUAUCUGCACAGCACGAGAUAACUACAAGGUUGAUGAACGUAAGUUUAAUGAUUGUCAUCCGUUAUAAUUUCCGCUAAUCUUAGAUUACUAAACUAGGUUCAUUAAGCAAGUCCUGUCUUGGUUCCUUGGAAUCCGUUGUUAAGGAAGUACGAGUGCCAGUUUAGAGAAAGACUUGAAUUCAAUAGAACUGUUAUAAUUCACUCUACCA